AUGGCCCCGAAGCCUGAUAUCGACAUCCUCGAUAUUCGCUCUCCUACCUCUCUCGCUCCCUCCUCCCUCCGCGCUUCCAUUCUCGACGGCCUCAAUGCUCCAGGAGGCCAAAAGACACUUCCUACCUUGAUAUUAUAUGACGAGCGAGGUCUUCAAUUGUUCGAAGAUAUUACUUAUCUUGACGAGUACUACUUGACCGCGUCAGAGAUCGACGUUCUGAAGCGUGAAGCUGGAAGAAUCGCCGCCAGGAUCAAGGAGGGGUCAGUGAUUGUGGAACUUGGCAGCGGCUGCCUCCGCAAAACUCAAUUGAUCCUCACUGCCCUCGAGGCAGCCAAGAAAAAGUGCACAUACUACGCCCUUGACCUGUCGCGCUCCGAACUUGAACGUUCACUUACUCCGCUCCCCUCCUUCACCUAUGUUACUGCACGUGGCCUCCAUGGUACGUAUGACGACGGCCGCGCAUGGCUUUCCAAACUGUCAAAGGAUACGCCAAAAACGGUCCUCUGGUUGGGAUCUAGUGCUGGUAACAUGGAUCGCGAGGAGUCAGCACAGUUCUUAAGGACGUUCGUUGAGGAGGCUCUCAACGUUGGAGACCAACUCCUGAUCGGUAUUGACAGACGUAACAACCCGGAAACCGUCUGGCGCGCCUACAACGAUAGUAGGGGUGUCACUCGUGAGUUUGAACUGAACGGACUUCGUAAUGCCAAUGGUAUCCUAGGAUCCGAAGUCUUCAACCUCGAUCAAUGGGAUUAUGUUGGUGAGUAUGAUGAGGAGGCUGGAGCACACUUGGCAUAUUUCGUACCGAAUACCAAUGUGCACGUCGAGGGGAUAGUCGUGAAGGAGGGCGAGAAGGUACGAGUCGAGAAAAGUGUCAAGUUCAAUGUACGUGAAGCGGAGGAGCUUUUCGACACGGCCGGCAUAGCACGAACCGAGUCGUAUGGCUGUUCACGCGAUUUAUACGAUCUCCAUUUGCUCCAUGUACCACCGUUCCACAUUCCUCUCCUCGGUUCAAAGGAACCCGUACCUACAACGCAAGAUUGGAGUGAUCUCUGGUCAGCCUGGGAUACCGUUACUUUGCAAAUGAUCCCCCAAAAAAUGCUGCUUACGAAGCCUAUUGAUUUGCGCCACCCUUGCAUCUUCUACAUCGGCCAUAUUCCUACGUUUCUGGACAUUCACUUGACGCGUGCGAAACUCGGAGGUGAUGCAUACAUCAAUGCCGCAUACACGAGAAUCUUUGAACGUGGUAUCGAUCCCGACGUUGAUGAUCCCACCCAAUGUCACGUCCAUUCUGAAGUGCCCGACAGCUGGCCAGAUCUACAGGAACUGCUGGAGUUCAGAGAUGAAGUACGCGCUCGAGUCAAGAAUUGUUAUGGUGCAAAUGGCCUUGUCAGUAGUGCUUUGGAUCAUGUCAGAAGGAGAGCACUUUGGUUAGCCUUCGAGCAUGAGGCGAUGCAUCUGGAGACCUUGCUCUACAUGCUCCUCCAAAGUCCGCAAACAGUUCCUCCGCCCGGUGUCCCGGUCCCUGACUGGAAGCUCCUGGCGUCUGCGAGUCAAAGGCCCACAGCCACAAAGGAGGAGGACAAGUGGAUGAUGGUAGAAUCACGCAAAACCAACGUGGGCCUGAAUGAUCCCGAAGGCGCUGAAAACGGCGGCACGGAUGGAAGGUUGAUGGGCUGGGACAAUGAGAAGCCGCAGAGGGAGUGGACUGUUAAUGGAUUCAUCGCUAGCAAGCGCCCUAUCACAAAUGGGGAGUAUGCUACGUUUUUGCAGGAAAGCGGUUCUACCAAGAUCCCCGAAAGCUGGUCGCGGGUUGAUGGGGUCUACAAGGUCAAGACGGUAUUCGGUCUCGUGGCCAUGGAACAUGCGCAUGACUGGCCAGUCAUCGGAUCCUACGACGAGAUAGCAUCCUACGCAACGUAUGCAGGCGGACGAUUGCCGCGUGAAGAGGAGCUGAGAGCAUUGUACGAUGUUAUUGCCGACAGCUCGGCUACCCCCGGCACCUUGAUUGCUGGGGUUAAUGGCCACUUGACAUCUAACGGAGUCCAUACUACACCACCGGCCGUCCCAAACUUCAUUGAUCUGUCGGGCGCCAAUGUAGGCUUCAAGCACUGGCACCCGACACCAGCCCACGCCACCCAGCUCGUAGGCUCGGGCGGCGUGGGAGCGUGGGAGUGGACCUCCACACCCAUGGCUCCACAUGAGGGUUUUGUUCCCUCUAAGGUGUAUUCUGGUUAUACUGCAGACUUCUUCGAUGGAAAACAUAAUGUCGUGCUUGGAGGAAGUUGGGCCACGCAUGGGCGUCUUGCGGGAAGGAGGACCUUCAGGAACUGGUAUCAACGUAACUACGGAUUUGCCUGGGUUACUGGUCGUGUUAUCAAAGAUAUCGAUAUGAAUUAA